AUGGAGACUCCCUUAUGGAUUCGUUGGCUUAAGGUUUGGGGUUAUGGUGGUGCUAUUAUCGCAGGAGGGUGUCUUUUGUUCAAAUAUACAACCCCAACAGAUGAAGAGAUCAUCAAUUCACUUUCACCAGAAUUAAGAAUGCAGUAUGAAAGAGAGAAGAGUCUACGUCAAGCUGAACAACAAGAAUUGAUGAAAAUCGUUAAACAGACUGCUCUAAGUGAUGAUCCUAUUUGGAAGACUGGUAGUAUUCAAUCCCCUUGGGAAACUUCAGAAUCACCACAGGCCAAGAAUAGACAACAAUUUGAAAAAUUGAAGGCUGACCAAGUGCAAAAGGAAGAGUUAAAGAGAAUUAAUGAAGAAUUAGCCAAGAUUCGACAAGAAUCUACUGAUCAAACUCAGAAAAUUAUGGAUCACAGCAAUAAGAGUUGGUGGAAGUUUUGGUAG